CGAGAGCGAAGACUUGCGGCCCGUGCGUCUGUAUAUUCCUUACCUAUAUAGGUAUAAUAAUACGAGCGCAAAACGGAGCAAGUCUCUCUCACUCUCGAAGAGUUGAACGACAGCUCGCGCGCCGCACUCCACGCUUGAAGCUGUGUGUGGGUCUGCGUGAGUGUGAGUGUGAGUGCGUUUGUGCAGAGGCGGUAAAACUGGUCGAGGAGCGGCACAGCCUCGGCAGCAGCAGCAAUCUCCGGCACGAUAGGUACACAUAUACUUACCUAUACCAUGCCGCAUGUGCAAGUGUGCAGAAAACAGCAAGGAGAGAGAAAAGCGCACGUAUAAAGAGAGAGAGAGGAACUUAUUACCCAUACACCGGAGAGCACAAUAUACCUAUACGUCUAUAUAUGCUCAAGAGGCUUGUAUUAGGAGUCGCACCUCCGCUGCACACGAGUUAUAAUACUUUGCCCGCUGCGCGAAACAUUACACGUGGGUGUUGCAAUAUUAGCUAUGCGCGCGAGGCACACCGACACAUCCAGCCGUAUGCACAUACCUGUCGUCUUGUAUAGCUUGUACAUGGGUCAUAGGUGCAGUCUCGUCUAGUGCCAAUAGGAAACAAAGAGGCGCGAGUUUAUGAACGGCUAGAACAGAUAUAAAAAUAAAUGUUACGUGAACGAACGAUGAGGCAGCGGCAUCAUCGCCAAUUGCAGCAGCAGAAGAAACACGCGAGAGAAUAUAGCGAGAGAUAAGCGCGAAAUAUCGGCGCUUCUCGUAGUGUAUAGCGAAGCGCAGGACGCACGGCAAUUGCAGCAGCAGCAGCAGCAUCAGCAGCGAAGCAGAGUGAGGCAGCGUGGGUGUAAACGAGCGCUAUAAAGGUCUCUCUGUCUGUGCGUGCUCGGGCGCGCGCGCGCGCUCGUGUGUUUUUGCGUUAUAGAGCUCUGCCUACCUGUGUACGUGUGUGUUGUGCUUGUGCAUGCAAGAGAGAAAAAGGUGAGAGAGAGAGAAGCAGCGAACGCGAGAAGAGGCGAAGACCGUUUUCUGCAGUCUCUCUGCUCUUCUCCGACUGCGAGUGUGUAUAUGUGUAACAACGAGGGAGGAGAGAAACAGAGAGAGAGAGAGAGAGAGAGAGCGUGAGAAGCACCAAAGAGAGUGAUACGAGAAAGGAGCAAGAAGGCGCGGACACGUAUCGUACAUUGCCAAAGUAGCAACGGCUCGCAUCAUAUUCCGCGAUAAUAAUAAAAAAAAGGAAGGAGCUUCUAAAUGAAGCCGAGUGAAGUCGGAGGCUGCUGCGGUAUUAUUAUUAUAGACAGCGGACAGUGGUAAACAACCUCGCGCGCGGCCGAACGACAUCAUGUCCUCCGCGCAUUUCUCGCUAUUAGCCGACUGCGACGAGCCAACAGCCAGUGCGACUUUAUCCUCGUCGAGAAAGAAGGAGUAAAAGGAAAAAAAUAUGCAAGUACAAUCAGCAACGUCAAGAGUCUGCGUUGAUAACGGCCAGCAGCGAGCGUGAUUUUAUAUACACGCUAUACAUCGAUUAUUACAAAUCGACAGUGUGUUUAGUCUCAGUGCUAUAGCUAGUUUUCCUGCGUUUGUGUACAUGUAGCCGUACGCUUGCGUACAUUACGUUAUAUUAUUAUUAACAUAUCGCGAGUGAGUGGCCCAACAGUACUACUGGCUGUCAGUUGAAAAUUACGGAUCUCCCGUGCGUGUGCUUGGUAUACAUACACGCAGCAGCACAUAUAUAUCUUGCCGAGCGAGCAAGAUACAAGUUCGAGUGAGUACUGAGUGCAGCAGUGCGUGUGCAGUGUCCGUAUCCGCGAAUAAAUGUGUGCACGCGAUAAUAUCUGCCAACCGAAGCAAGAGUAAAUAUAAAAAAGCACAACGAACGAACGAACGAACGAAGCGAGGAAAAUAAAACAUGACGAGCACGAGGCUAGUCGUUCUGCUGGUGCUGCUGCUCCAGAGCACGGCACUGCUGCUGGCUUUUAAUCUGGAAACGAGGAUACCGAUAAUCAAGAGGGGCUCGCAGGGCAGCUACUUCGGCUUCUCCGUGGCGGAGCAUCAGGAGCAUCACGAGGACAGGUCGCCCAAGUAUCUCAGUCGGAUGCUGAUCGGUGCACCGCUGGAUCAGAAUCGCCAGCCAGGUACAAAUCGAUCGGGCGCAUUAUGGCAAUGUCCCAUGACCAGCGAUCCCGAAGAUUGCGAGCAAGUCAUCACCGACGGACGCAAGAGUACCGAUUCGGACGAGCUGGUACCACCGAUGGACAAGGAAUUGAAGGAUGGCCAAUGGCUGGGCGUCACAGUUCGAAGCGCCGGUGUUGGCGGCAAAGUCAUGGUAUGCGCUCAUCGUCACGUGGAGCGCUUCAACAAGGACUCGCUGUGGGGCCAGGGCCAGUGCUACAUCCUGACCCAGGACCUGCAGUUUCACGAGCUGAAGAAGCCGUGCUCGGGCAAGCCGACGAUCAGGGCCCACGAGCAGUUCGGCUACUGUCAGGCCGGCACGAGCGGCGUGCUGACGCCGAGCGACGAUUACGCGGUCAUCGGCACGCCCGGGCCGCACACGUGGCGCGGCACCCUCUACGUCAUGACCGUCUCCGACGACUUCAUCAAGAAGGACACGGUCAUCUACAGCUCGCCGAUGCAGGAGGAGUCGCCCGUUUCUAAAUAUAGCUAUUUGGGUAUGUCGGUGGCCGUGGGUAACUUUUUCGGUAGCGGCCUGGCCUACGCGGCCGGCGCGCCUCGCUCGAAUGGUACCGGCCAGGUGAUUCUAUUCACGCGCCACCAUCAGAAGCCGAUCAUGGAGGUAACGCUGACUCUCAACGGCGAGCAAUUCGGCUCGAGCUUCGGCUACGAGAUGACCUCCGCCGACGUCAACGGCGACAAAUUGUCGGAUUUAAUAGUUGCAGCCCCGUUUUAUUACGGCAGGAAGGAAGGCGGUGCCGUCUACGUUUACACGAGGCUGUGCAAAAAUUCGCGCGAAAGCGAUAAGUGCAAGCCCACAAAACUAGUCGGUCGAGAGGAGUCAAGGUUCGGCUUCGCUCUGACGAAUUUGAAAGACAUAAAUAACGACGGCUACGAGGACAUAGCCGUGGGUGCUCCGUACGAGGGUAUGGGAACCGUAUACAUAUAUUUGGGCUCGAAGAAUGGAUUGAUCACCACACCGUCGCAGGUGAUCCACUCGGAAAACCUACCGGAGCGAUUGAAAACGUUCGGCUACUCGCUGAGCGGCGGCCUCGACAUGGACCACAACGGCUAUCCGGACCUGCUGGUCGGCGCCUACGAGAACGACGCGGUGGCCUUAUUUCGUACGCGCCAGAUCAUCGACAUCGUCACGACGGUCAAGUUUCCGCACAAGGACGGCGUCUACUCGCCCGACAAGAUGGAGCCGAUAGAUCCGAACAAGGUCGGCUGCCUCGAGGAUCCGACCUCCGAGCUCGCCUGCUUCUCCUUCGAGACCUGCUGCGAGACCAGAAAGCCGAGCAAGCAGGAGAAGUUCGGCAGGCUCAAGCUCAUGUCGUACAUCGAGGCGGAGACGUACGCGGGCACGAAAAAAUUCUCCCGCGUCUGGUUCGGCCGGGACGCGACCAAUAAUCGGCCGCACUACGUGAGGCGCGUGGCCAGCCUCGACGCCGCCAAGACCAUGUACUGCCAGAAGGAGAUCGUCUACCUCAAGGAGAACACGCGCGACAUACAGUCGCCGAUCAAGUUCCGCGUGAAUUACACCCUCAUACAGGACGAGCCGGUGAUGCCGGCCAGGGGUGAUCCGCUGCCGGACAUCGAUCGCUAUCCGAUACUCAAUCAGCAGCACGCGGCGCGCAUCUUCGAGGCCAACUUCCAGAAGGAUUGCGGAAACAACGACAUCUGCGAGAGCGAUCUCCAGCUCGUCGCCGCUCUCAAUCUUCCACAUUCGUCCAAAAACCGAAGCGAGUACGACCUGCUGCUCGGCGAGAGCGAGGAGCUCGUCGUCGACGUGAACGUGACGAACUGGGGCGAGUCCGCCUACGAGGCGCAACUGUUCGUGCAGCACUCGGCCAGCCUGAGCUACAUCGGCUUCAAGCAGAACGAUUCCGCGAUCUGCAAUCUGCACAACGCCACCUGCAUAUCCUGUAUCAUCGGCAAUCCGUUCAAGAAGAGCAAGUCGGUGAACGUGCAGGUGAGAUUCGAUCCCAAGUACAUCGAGGACGGCGAGAAUAAAUUGAAGUUCGACGUGUUCGUUAACUCGACGUCCAAGGAAGUGAAAGGCAACGAGACAAUGAAGCUCACCGCCAAGGUGUUCAAGCGCGCCGAGGUCCAGCUAGUUGGAAAAGUGCCGCAGCCCAUAUUCCGAUACGGGGGCCCGAUUUUGGGAGAGUCGGCGGUCAAGAACUUCAACGACGUGGGUCCGCGGGUCGUUUAUCUCUGGACGGUGUUCAACGAUGGGCCCUGGAAAGUCAAUUCGAUGAACGUCGUGAUUUCCUGGCCUUUCGAAGUGGCCAACGACAAGCCCCACGGCAAGUGGCUAUUGUACCUCGAGGAUACACCUGUAAUACAAGAUCAAAACAAUGUACGAAUCGGCGAGUGUCAAGUGCCGGCCGGUCAAGUGAAUCAUCUCAAUUUGCAAGGUAGCGUUGGAACUGAUGACUUGGACACUUUGCUACCUGGAAAGCCCAGUGCUUUGUUGGAUCAAAUGACGAACGAAACGAAUUUCGUUCGGAGAAAGCGAGACACCGAGAAGGUUGUCACGACGAAAGUCGUCGUCGACGAGGAUGGACGUCGCUCUCAUGUGGUCACAAUGAACUGUCGGACAGGAACAGCCAAGUGCUUCAAUAUCAUUUGUCCCAUAGUAAAUUUGCAAAAGAAAGAAGAGAAUAAAAUUAUUAUCAGAGCAAGACUGUGGAAUUCCACUUUAGCGGAAGAUUAUCCAAAAGUCGAUAGUGUCAAAGUUAUAUCGAACGGAAAAAUAGUCUUCCCAGAAAAAGUUUCAAUUCAACAGAACAACGAGACGGAUGACAAAUUCGAUGUCGAAUUCGCCGCUCAUCCAGACUCGUCUGACAAGCAAGAAGCUGAACCAGUGCCAAUAUGGAUAAUAGUCGUAGCUGUAGUAGCGGGUCUACUACUACUUAUAUUAAUUACUCUAAUACUUUGGAAAGUUGGUUUCUUCAAGCGUAGACGGCCUGAUCACACUCUGUCUGGAAAUCUUCAGAAACACAGAGAAGACAAUCCAGAAAACGAGGCCUUGGUGAAGCACUCGACAAAUAUUCACUGAGUAAGGCUUUUGCCUCGGAUGCGAAACAAACUGAAACAUCUUCUUCUGUGCUGGCCGUUCAAAAUUCGAAGAAACUUUUUGGAAAAAAAGAAUAUGUGUGUCUGAGUGUAUAAAGAUGUAUGAAUGUUGAGAAAAAAAUAGUCGUCAGCACAAAAGAAAAUAUUUCAAAUUGUCCAAUAAAUACCGAAGAAUGCACGAAUAAACGAAUGUCUUCCCGCGCAAACGAUUAAAGGAAUUAUUUGUUAUCA